GACGAAAAGUUGGUCCGGCCCAGCAACCCUGUUCCUGUGCAAGAACUUCAUCGAGGCAUCCGAUUCAAAAUACCUGUGGAUCUCUCCCAACAAGGAUCGUUCUUACAGCCUUUUCUACGUUGUGUUCAAUUACCCAAACACAAACAUUGAAUGUCUAACCAUUGGAGACGGUUAGACUUUUCAACAGAAAGCUAACUAAUAACUGGAUUUGAAAAAAGAAUAAGAUCUUAAGCAGCUAUGACGUGAAUUAUGCGUUUAAAUCUCUGAAGAGCGCGAAAGAAAAGGAAUGUGGACAUUUAAUUGAAUCCAAUGGGGUCUCAGUGACCUCAAUCAAGCUUCCAUACAGGAGUAACGAUGUGUUCGAAGAUAUGCCGGCAUUUCCAUCUCAUCAUCUUAAUUUGUCAUUACAUCUAUCAAGUUUCUGCUUUUACCGGCCAUAAUACACCUCCAGUUUUUGAUUUCAAACGGGACUGGUUGAUCCAAGAAAAUGAACCAGUGGGUAGUCGAAUCAUCACAGUUCGAACUCGGGAUGAAGACAACGACCCAAUUGAAUACGGAAUCGAGCCUGCAAGAUACGUGGACGGGUCAGAGUAUUUUCGAAUCAACAAGGAUAGUGGCGAAGUCUAUCUUAAGAAGGCUCUAACUGGACAGGGUGGAAAUGAUUUCUACUUGUACAUAACUGCAAAUGAUGGUCAUCAAACGGCAAAAAUUGAAGUGUAUGUUCGAGUCCUUGAGGAGAGCAACAGUGGUAUACCUUCCAUAGAUCCGCCCUUGGACGUCCCCUUCAGCACCUCCCGCCCUCGCCUCCGGCCCUUUCCUCCCUUUGUACCCAGCGCCCCUCACCCCGCCCACCCCUCCUCCUCAGCUUCCGGACCUUUUCGCCGUCCCCCCGCGAAAGGGAACGCCCCUGCCCCCACCCCCGUUGCCCCCUCCCUCAUCCCCUCCCCUGGCGAUCAGCCCCCAGUUCCAAAGGUUCCUGCGAGAGAGGGCGGCGAGCAGGCGGGCAGCCAGGGGGGGAGCAACAUCUUGACCACCACCGUGCUGCCCAUCCUAGCGGUAACGGGCCUGGCGCCCUUGCUCAUGCUGCUGCUGUGGCUGCUGCACAGAAGAUGCAAGCACAAUGAAAAGCUGGUGGCGCUGAAAAAGGCAUCGUCCGUCGGUGCGAGGAGGGAAGGUAGCCUGUCCGAGACUGUGGCCUUCAGCUACUCUCCUGCUGCCUUACUGCGGCCAGCCACGCCACCUUUCAGUACCACACAAUCAUCUUCCGGAAUCACCAUACCGAGGAUUGGAGGAGACUCGGACAAAUGGGAAUUCCCCCGCCAUCGCUUGCAGUUCAUCGGAAUUCUGGGUGAGGGCUGCUUCGGACAAGUCUGGAAAUGUCUUGCUCAAGAUAUAGGACCUCGAGAAGAAACCAUUACAGUCGCCGUUAAAACUCUCAAAGAAAACGCCACCGAAAAAGAGAAAAAAGAUCUUCUGUCGGAACUGGAGGUGAUGAAACUGCUGGAACCUCACCCAAAUGUUGUCACACUUCUGGGCUGCUGUUCUGACAAAGAUCCCAUUCUCGUGAUUAUGGAGUUCGUGAGUCGUGGCAAGUUGCAGACCUAUCUACGCGAAAGCAGAGUGGAACGCAUGUAUGGCAAUCUGCACGGUAGCAGCAAACACCUCACCUCCAGAGACCUCACGGCGUUCUCUUACCAGGUGGCCAAAGGCAUGGACUACCUGGCCAAUAAAGGGAUUAUCCACCGUGAUUUGGCAGCGAGAAAUAUUCUGGUGGACGAAAACAAAGUGUGCAAAGUGGCUGAUUUUGGAUUCGCCAGAGAUGUCAUAGCCAGUCAUGUGUAUGAGAGGAAAUCCGAAGGAAGACUUCCUAUUCGUUGGAUGGCUCCUGAAUCUCUCUUUGACAACAUCUACACCACGAAGACAGAUGUCUGGUCAUUUGGAGUGCUCCUUUGGGAAAUCGUCACACUAGGAUCUACACCAUAUCCUGGACUAAGUGCAAAUGAAGUGAUUCGAAAAGUUCGAGACGGUUACCGCUUGGAAAAACCAGAACACUGCCGGCGGGAAAUGUACAAUAUCAUGUAUUACUGUUGGGACAAAGACCCCAAGCAGCGUCCAUCCUUUGGCGAACUGGUGAACUUCCUCGACAGGCUGCUCAUCAGCGAACAUACUUACAUAGAACUGGAGCGAUUCCCUGACCACUCCUACUACAAUAUCACAGACCUGUCAGGCGAAAAAUUGUGAUACCAUUUAAGAACAUUAUUAACAUUUAUCUCAUCGCUGCAUCAAGUUUCAUAUUUCUCUCACAGGGUUGAGUUCUCAUACUCAGAUUCAACUUUUAUGAAAUCUAUAGUCAUUUUAAAGGCAAUACACUAAUAUUGUGUCAAUAAGACUGCCAACAAUAUUUUUCCCUUUCAAUUAUAAUCACUUUAAAUCAUUAUAAAAACUUUUUCUUAUGAUCUUCAAACAUAGGAGCACAAAAUAUUGUACUUUUAUUUUCCUUACUUUCUACAACAUAUAUAUUUAAAAUACUGGUUUCUUGGUAUUGUAACAAAAUUAUUCCAACAUGGCACGAGGCCGUCUGGUACAUCUGAAUGAACGAUUGCCAUGAAUAACAAGUCAGAUGCUCAGGUCAUUUACAAAAUAACAUCAUCUGGCCUUUGAGAAAAAAGAAAAAAAGAAGGAAAGAUACACUUCUGCAGGAGGUAUGAUCCGUCAUUCGAAUAUGGCCAACUCAACCAUACCACCAUUGCUAAACUAUUCUGCGUGAAGAGGAAGAAUUUUCGUUCAUUUAUUAGUAGUGCCCUGUCUCCUGAAGGAAUGAUUUCUUGGAGUGAAGAAUCCAGAAUUUUAGAUUAUGCCUAUUUUAUUUUUCCUCCUAUCAAAAUGUUUCUUUUUUUAAAAUAAUAAUUGAAUUAGUUUCAACCACAUUAAACGGAAAUUAAAAAGUGCUCCUCUUGGUUUGUGUCCAAAGACAAACCAAAAGAAAAUGCAUUCUCGCUCGAUAUCCUUGUGAAAAACUACAAUCCAGUCUAAUUUGCUGAAUCAGCGAAUUCUCGAAUUGGGAUAAUUUUUGUUCUCUUAGCAAUAGUGGAGUUCUUAGCCAUAUUUAAAAAUAAAAAAAGAAAAGAAAGAAAGAAAACCGAAGUUCAUACACUUGAAGCACUGAACAGCUAGACCUGAGAAAAAAUUAUAAUACUUAUAUAAUGAAUGACGAUACUAAAUUAUAUCAAUACUACACCACAGUGUUGUUACACAGUAUUAUAACAUUAAAUUUCUUUUAUAACAUGCUUUGCAAUAUUGUACAAUAUAUUUAUAUAUUGUAUAAUAUUAUGAAAGUACGUAUAAUAUUUUGUACUGCUGAGAUAAAUCAGAAAUUUAUAAACGCUAUCAUAUGCGUCAAGUAUUUAAAAGUAUCAUUUAAAAAAAGUUUCUACAUUAAGGAAAAAUUAAACUGCUACAAGAGUGCAAAAUAAAUAUAUUCAAUUUAUAUAAAACACUUGAUACUUAGAAUAAAUGCUACUUGUGUUUGCAUGCAUACAAUUCUUCCGUGGAAUAAAAUGCUAAACAAGUAUCUACCACAUUGUAAAUACGAAUAAAUGUCCUACGCAUCUCUGUAUAUGUUUAAUUUGUAAUAAAAUACAUUUAUUCUAA